GGGAAAAGUAAGACUUCAUAUACUGUAUGUACUUAGUAAGUCUCAGGUUUAUGAACGUGUAAAACUUUAAGCACGACUGAACGUCCAGUACCCAAUGCUGUUCAAGCUAACUAACCAACAAGCAAACCGAACUACUCAUUGUGGUGUACUUGAAUUUGUUGCAGAUGAAGGGAGGAUUUAUGUUCCUUAUUGGAUGCUAAAAAAUCUACAUUUGGAAGAGGGUGGCCUGGUCUCUGUAGUUAAUGCAGCCUUACCUGUGGCUUCUUUCGCUCGUUUCCAGCCUCAGAGUACUGAUUUUCUGGACAUAUCUAACCCUAAAGCUGUACUGGAAAAUGCUCUCCGAGACUUUGCUUGCCUCACAGUCGGAGAUAUCAUUGCUAUCAACUACAAUGAGCGUAUAUAUGAGCUUAAAGUGUUGGAAACGAAACCGAAGGAUGCAGUCACUAUAAUUGAAUGUGACAUGAGCGUUGAUUUCGCACCUCCAGUUGGAUAUCAGCCUACUGAUUCUGGUUCUUCGAGCAAACAUAGUGAUAAAGAUCUACAUAAGAUCGAAGAAGAUCACAUAGAAAUCCCUUCAGUUGUUCAAGGAUUCCAGGCAUUUAGCGGUACAGGUUAUCGGUUAGAUGGAAAAAAUAAACAGGAUAAAACUGAUGAAACAGAUAAUGGUCAAUCAUUAGGGCAAUUGAAAGAAAGAGAAAGGGGUGUACCAAACUAUAAUUAUCGACCUGGAAGUUUAACAUUUUUCCGAAAUCUAAAACAAAUUACUGCAGAGAAAAUAGAAGAACCUGUAUUCAAACCUUUCAGUGGUACAGGUCAUCAAUUGAAAUCACGCAAGAAAUGAAAGAUAGUCUAAUAUCCUCCAUAUUAAAUUAUUUGUCUCACUGUUUGUAACAAAGAUUUCCACUUUGUUAAUUUUUCGAGUUUUAUUUCAUUUGUUUAGAAGCACUUGUAUAAUUUGGUUGUUAAUAUUUUUUGCGUAGUAACAAAUCUGUUAAAUUGACAGUUUUUCUCGAGUGUCCUCGCAUCCCACGCACUAUGAAAUGUCACCUUUUAUGAAAUAAUUUGUUUUUUUAUUUUUCAAAAGUCAGAUAAGACCUUGUGAUAUUUCACUGAUUAAAAUGAAAUUGACGUUAGGCGGUUGGAGACGAUUGUCGGUAAACUGUGGACUUAGGUUUCAUGCUAAAUGUCAUUCUUCAGCUAGGCAUUUUUGCUAUCUUGAGCGGUAUAAAUAUGAAUUAGUGGUCGGUUAUUUAAUAAACAGUUAAGAUCAAAAAUGCGAAUCACCAAAACAAACAGUGGUUAUUCCAUCGAUCACGACCAAGACACAAUAUAACGUAAUUUUGUCAUCGUGUAUUUGGUGCAAUGUAUAAUUAAUUUGUUCCAUCUAAAUUUACUGACAGUUUACUUAGUAGCUACUGAUUUUAGAAGUUCCAAGUUCGUUAUCAGUAUAUUGAUGAUAAACAAUUAGCAAUAUAAGGACGAUUUUCUAAGAAAUAGAAAUGAAAUAGUAUUUACCCAUCAAGCAUUUUAAAGCCAAAUAAAAAAUAAAAUAUUUUAUAUUCAUUAAUUAUUAUUACAACCAGUAGUCGGUAGUGUACAGGAAUAAGGCAUCGUUAUUGGCGUUCAUAAUACAUCAGAAACUGAUCGACAUCCAAAAUGAAAAUUCGACAACCUACGAUUAUGAUUGUAUGAACAACAGAUCAUAUUGUGUUAAGGAUGCUGAAUUCCCAAACACAACAUUAGGAUGAUGUCAAAUUUUAAAAUUCUUGUGGUGAUUAAAGCGAAUUUUCAUUUGUAUUAAUUUAUUAAGUACGAAGUUAGUUUGAUUUUUGAUUCAUUUCUCACUAUAUUCAUAAUUUCACUAUGACUAUGAUCAUCUGACGAUUAUUUAGUUAAAUAAACUUUUGUAAAAAUAUUUGGACCACUUGACGACCAUUCAAUUUAAAUUGAACAUAAUUUAAUUCUUCUGGAGUCUUAACCAAUACAUCUUCUUUACAAGAACUCUCUUUUAAUUGCGCAAAGGAAUAUCGCUGAAGUGUCUCAUAUUAGUCUCUCCGUCUAUCCAAUCCUCAUGGGUCUUUUUUUGUACUAGAAGAAUCUCUCAAACACUCGUCAUUCGAAACCACCAUACCCUUCUUGCUCAAACAAAUCUACAACAUACUGUACGUACAUUCUAUCCAUGUUUACCUGAUCUUAUAAUUUUAUUAUGAAAAAUGGUGUCCCAUUCUAUUCUUUUGUAAACAGAAAGAAGCAUACAAUCUUGAUUGUCUGGCCAUUUUUAACUGUCAUUCAAGUUUUAUGAGAUUCUCUGGAUUUAUCUAGCAAGUAUAUUGAAAGAUUUUGUGAACAGAUAUCGGUCGACUUCGAUACCAUUCUAUUCAUCAUUUCAAACAAUAAGAAACCAUGUACACGAUACUAGUAAUAAUUCAAAACCCAUAAACAAUAGCAAUGAUAUUGUAGCUUUAUUAACUUAUGUGUUCAUUCUCAAAAAUCAAGGCACUUUUUAUGACAUAGAAUCAACACCAAAUACGCGACUCGACCAUAUUAUUAGUUACGGAUUUAAGAGGCAUAAAUCAUUACAGACAACAGAAACUUACCUGGCACCGGGUUCAGGGUGAUCAGGAAUGCUCUGAUCCUGGUGGAGGCUCACCAUUGCACCUCGGUGGGUUGAAACUCGCGACGAACCCUAACCGAGUGCGCUGGGGCGUGUAGUUUUGCUUUCUAAUUUUCAUUUUACAGUACUUUGCUACUAAUUGAUCUUAUUUCUUAAGGGAAACUACUGAAAUUAUUUACAUAAUUCAUUGAAUUUUCUGUACAUGGUAUCUAUGUGUUGUGAAUGCCAACUCAGGUGGGGAAAAUCAAUUUAUUGGUAAAUGCAAAAUUACAGAGUGAUCUCGUAAAAUAUGAAAACCAUACAUUA